AUGCUAGAUUGGAACAUCCCAAGCAGUCAGUCGAGUUGCCAAGCACAGGGUCACAAUGUGACCUGCGACUUCGCCCUGUACACCAAUGCUACCGACCUGACCACUUCUCAAAAGCUGAGUCCAAACACGUCUAUCACCGGGCCUGGGCUAGUCAAAGCCUUCAUCAUCACCUCAGUCGUGGCCAUAGGAGCCGCCUUCGUCUUGCUCAUCGACAAGGCUUGCAUCUACUGGAACCAGUACAGAGACACAGACAACGCGAUAAGAGAAACGAGAUACUACCGCCGCAUCGCCCACACCAUCGAGCAGCUCCUGCACACCCUCAGCGACCAACAACUCACAACCGGCUUCGCGCUGAUCUUCGCCCUGAGCGAGCAAGCCUGCACCAUCUCCGCCUAUCACUACGACCUGGUCUGCGCGAUGCUGCUCAUGUCCUUCGUCACCCACCUCAACACCCUGGUCAGCAUCCCCACCUUCAUCCACAAGGGCAAGCUCCUCGCCCUCUACCGGUGCGCGGCCCUGAUCACGCAGAUCGUCCUCAUCAGCAUGAUCUUCUCCGCCCGCAACCGCGCCGCCUUCCCCACCCGCCCCAGCUCGCUGGCCAUCAUGCCCGCCUGCUGCUUCAUGAACAUGAAUGCCAGCGACUGGCUCGGCCUCGCUGACGCGGGGGAGUUCGUCACCCACCUCAACUCGACCAAAACCAAUACCAGCGGGACGGAGAUCUUUUCCCAGGCUGGGCGGUCCAGUGCGUUCGGGCAGUACAUCGCUCUGAUCGUUUUCAUGGGCUUCACUGCUGUGAUUGCCGGGGUCAACUGGCUGGAGGCGCGGGAGGUGGAUCUGCACCGGUGGCUGCGCUGGGUGAAGCUGUUUCUGGCCGCGACGGUCUCGGUGGCGACCCUGGCGUUGACGGUCUGGGCGUACCAGACGUAUAACUCGUUGCGGGCGGGGAUGGAGAUCGAGGAGUGGUAUCGACUGGGCGAAGAGAAGACGGCGUGGACAUUUGCGGAGAUCGUCCCGCUGGCGCUGUUGGCGUCGACGUCGAUCACCCUGGUGAAAGCAUUGACACAAACGCUGGAAGGGGUGGGUGGACCGCGCUAUGAGGGCUUGGUGCAGGUCGGGGUCAAGAGGGUAGCGGUCGAGGUGAGGGAAGAGAAUUGAUCUUGCGUCGGAGGCGUUCAGGUCUCCUCACUCAUUCCCUUCCCAACGAUGCAGCCAAAAUGUGGGGCCAUGAUUCCUUGUUGUAGCAGGGCAUCAGCGGGCUGUCCUGGAGCCAUCGUACACUUUCAUUUUCACUUCUCUCAUCUCUUCCGAGUUCUUCCGAUCAAGCAAGUACACCGCAUCCUCAACACGUGCGCUAAAGACUCCAUUUCCACUCCACCUCCUCUUCCUGUGGAUGGUUAUACCUCACCACAAAGGCAUCUGCUCAUGGAUCCAGUAUACCACGUCA